CCUGUCGUCAGUUGUUUACGUUUUCGCUCUAGGAAAAAUAGCUUCAACCACUGCGUUAAAAUGAAAGAUAAUAGUUAAAUAAUAGUUACUUACAUUUUUAAAGAAAAGGUUUUCUAAGCUGUAAGCUAUAACAGGGCAAUGUUAAUUAUGUUAGAUCUAUAAAUGACAUGAUGGAGGAGCAGUGGGAUUUUGAGUUCCUCUCUCGCAUUGUUGACAGUUUAGUAUCAUUUCUGGCUGAGUUUGUGGAUGACUGGCUGGCUUACGACAUGAGGGUGGCUGUGUUUAAAAUCCUCUUCAGCUGGCUCGUCUUCAGUUUGAUCGCUAUACAUUUCGCAUGGAAAGUGUACGGGAACACAGUAAACGACAUGUAUCACAGACAAGGAACUGGGGGACAGAAUGGUGGCACUCCUGACGCAGCAUCACAUUUGAGUGGAUGGGAUAGUGCUGCAGAGGAAAUCCUAAAAUCUCACCGCGAGUGAUCAGACAAACUGUUUGAGAUGAACAAACAGGAGGGACCAGCAUCACCUUUGUUUUGAAAUAAUGGUAACUACAUUCCCAAUAAAAAUGUGCCAUAAAAACCCUGAAGAUCAUGCGAUGUUAGAACGAGAUGAUGACAUCAAAGUGGCUCAGCUUGUUGAAAAUAAACUAAACUGUCUGGCUGGACAUUUUAUCUGGAAAUUUUUAGCCAAGUUGUUUUUCAGUGAAGAGUCGAUUGUUGGAUUCCUGUUAAUAGAUCAUCAAAUGACCACUUCAAUCAAAUUAUGACCACUUCAAUCAAGCAGUCUAAGGAUUAACAGCCAGAAUCUCCAUGUCAAUCAAUAGUAAAUUUUUACAUUUACUUGUUUAGUGUAGAUCCAGUGACAUGGGACUAUUUAGCUGACUACUAAACCUGAAUUCAUGGUGUUUUUAUCCAUAGUCAAGAUUUUUCACCAGCUUAGUCACAACGUAAGUCAUGACAGAGUUGCUUACAUGACAAUGUAUAUAAUUCCCAGACAUUAUGCAUUCAUGUACAGAUACCCUUUUAAUUAAAGUCUUCCAGUGGCUGAUUUGUAUUGUACAUAUUGGUAUACAUGUUACAUUUUCUAACACUGCCAAUUAAAGAACACACUUGGAAAAUACUUUUUAAAAUAAGAUUAAGGAAGUGUAAAAUAUCAACUACUCCUUGUAACAUUCAAACUUAAUAUUUGCAUAUUUGAUCCAAUCACAUUUAACAGUUAAGCAUAAUAGUGUUUCUAGAACCUUUUUGUUAGCCAACCUGAAAACAAUCACUGUCAACAACAUACUCUGUCUUCAAAUGGAAUGCCAGCCUAAUUUUAAUGUUUUAAUCUUGUGUGUUUAGGGGUGACACAAUAGUGUUAUGAUGCUAUUUGGAUUGUAUUGAC